GAUUAGGAGAGUGUGAGAGCUUUGGUCCCAACUGGCUGUGCCUAUAGGCUUGUCACUAGGAGAACAUUUGUGUUAAUUGCACCGUGCUCUGUCAAGGAAACUUUGAUUUAUAGCUGGGGUACACAAAUAAUGGUUGCCGGUCGCACAUGGAUUCGGUAGAACUUUGCCUUCCUGAAUCUUUUUCCCUGCACUACGAGGAAGAGCUUCUCUGCAGAAUGUCAAACAAAGAUCGGCACAUUGAUUCCAGCUGUUCGUCCUUCAUCAAGACGGAACCCUCCAGCCCAGCCUCCCUGACGGACAGCGUCAACCACCACAGCCCUGGUGGCUCUUCAGACGCCAGUGGGAGCUACAGUUCAACCAUGAAUGGCCAUCAGAACGGACUUGACUCACCACCUCUCUACCCUUCUGCUCCUAUCCUGGGAGGUAGCGGGCCCGUCAGGAAACUGUAUGAUGACUGCUCCAGCACCAUUGUGGAAGAUCCUCAAACAAAGUGUGAAUACAUGCUCAACUCGAUGCCCAAGAGACUGUGUUUAGUGUGUGGCGACAUCGCUUCCGGGUACCACUAUGGGGUCGCAUCUUGCGAAGCCUGCAAAGCGUUCUUCAAGAGGACAAUUCAAGGUAAUAUAGAAUACAGCUGCCCUGCCACAAACGAGUGCGAAAUCACGAAGCGCAGACGUAAAUCCUGCCAGGCUUGCCGCUUCAUGAAGUGUUUGAAAGUGGGCAUGCUCAAAGAAGGGGUGCGUCUGGACAGAGUACGCGGAGGUCGGCAGAAGUACAAGCGCAGAAUAGAUGCAGAGAACAGCCCCUACCUGAACCCUCAGCUGGUCCAGCCAGCCAAAAAGCCAUAUAACAAGAUUGUCUCACAUUUGUUGGUGGCUGAACCGGAGAAGAUCUAUGCCAUGCCUGACCCCACCGUCCCCGACAGUGACAUCAAAGCCCUCACUACACUGUGUGACCUGGCCGACCGUGAGUUGGUGGUUAUCAUUGGAUGGGCGAAGCAUAUUCCAGGCUUCUCCACUCUGUCCCUGGCGGACCAGAUGAGCCUUCUGCAGAGCGCUUGGAUGGAGAUUUUGAUCCUCGGUGUCGUAUACCGAUCUCUAUCGUUUGAAGAUGAACUUGUCUAUGCAGAUGAUUAUAUCAUGGACGAAGACCAGUCCAAAUUAGCAGGCCUUCUUGACCUCAACAACGCCAUCCUGCAGCUGGUAAAGAAAUACAAGAGCAUGAAGCUGGAGAAAGAAGAAUUUGUCACCCUCAAAGCUAUAGCUCUUGCUAAUUCAGACUCCAUGCAUAUAGAAGAUGUAGAGGCCGUGCAGAAGCUUCAGGAUGUCUUGCACGAGGCCCUGCAGGAUUAUGAGGCUGGCCAGCACAUGGAAGACCCACGCCGGGCGGGCAAGAUGCUGAUGACCCUGCCACUGCUCAGGCAGACAUCCACCAAGGCCGUGCAGCACUUCUACAACAUCAAACUCGAAGGCAAAGUCCCCAUGCACAAACUUUUUUUGGAAAUGCUGGAGGCCAAGGUCUGACUAAAGGCUCCCUGGGCCUUCCCGUCCUGCACAUCAGAAAAAGGGAAAACAAACCCAAGAGUGAUGUCGAAGAAACGUAGAUUAGAUACCAACAUCAAAAAUCAACCGAGACUGCACUGAUAU